AUGACUUCUUCCAACCCCGACCAGCGCCUGGAGCAUCUCCUGAGCGCCGUGGAGAGCGAGUUCCAGAAGGGCAGCGAGAAGGGAGACGCGUCCGAGCGGGAUAUUAAACUGACGCUGGACGACGCAGACUUAUGGAACAAGUUUAAAGAGUUAACCAACGAGAUGAUAGUCACCAAAACUGGAAGGAGGAUGUUUCCGGUGCUCAGGGCCAGCGUCAGCGGCCUCGACCCCAACGCCAUGUACUCAGUGCUGCUUGAUUUCGUGGCCGCCGACAACAACAGGUGGAAAUACGUGAACGGAGAGUGGGUCCCCGGCGGCAAACCGGAGCCCCAGAGCCCCAGCUGCGUCUACAUCCACCCGGACUCCCCCAACUUCGGAGCGCACUGGAUGAAAGCGCCAGUCUCCUUCAGCAAAGUCAAACUCUCCAAUAAACUGAACGGAGGCGGACAGAUCAUGCUGAAUUCUCUGCACAAAUACGAGCCAAGGAUACACAUCGUGAAGGUUGGAGGCAUUCAGAAGAUGAUCAGCAGCCAGUCUUUCCCUGAAACACAGUUCAUCGCUGUCACUGCUUACCAGAAUGAAGAGAUUACCGCUCUGAAGAUAAAGCACAACCCCUUUGCAAAGGCUUUCUUGGAUGCCAAAGAAAGAAGUGACCACAAAGACGUCCCCGAUCACAGCGCCGACAGCCAACAGUCCGGCUACUCGCAGCUUGGAGGUUGGUUCCUCCCGGGUCAGGCUCCGAUGUGCCCCAGCAGCAGCCCUCCUCAGUUCAGCAGCACGGCGGGACACUCCUCCGGCUCCUACUGCGAGCGUUACUCCAGCCUGAGGAGCCACAGAGCGGCACCGUACCCCGGCCACUACCCCCACCGAGCCUCCAGCACAAACAACUACAUGGACAACACUUCAGGGGCUCUUCCCACUCAUGACAGCUGGUCUGCUCUUCAGAUCCCCAACUCCUCCGGCAUGGGCACUCUGUCCCACUCCACCAACUCCUCCUCUAACUCCAGUCAAUACCCCAGCCUUUGGUCAGUUUCUGGCACCACCCUCACCCCUUCAGGCUCUGCCUCGGGCUCCAUCCCCGGAGGUCUGACCUCCCAGUUCCUGAGGGGCUCCUCCUACACCAGCCUGACCUCCUCCCUGCCAGUGUCCUCGCCCUCCACCAUGUAUGACCCCAGCCUGGGCGAGGUCGGGGUCGGCGAUGCUCAGUUCGAGAGCUCAAUCGCCAGGUUGACCGCGUCCUGGGCGCCUGUGGCACAGAGCUACUGA